GGCUGUUUCACAAAGCUAAUACCAACCGUAACAUAUGGUUUAUGUUGCGAUAUGUUUUUUUAGGAUGGCUGAAUUCAUUUCUAAAGUUUAUCCUAAAACCACAUUACAUAUACGUUUUGAUUUGGAGCAAUAGAUUCGACAGAUUAACGUUUUGAUGAAAGAAAUGUGUAUGUUUUCUGACAAACCCUGCUCGCCGGGCUGGACAGGGUUGGCUGAUUAUGUUUCACAACUAAUGACAGUUCAUAAAUAAUUGACGACACGAACACUUUGUUUUCUUGCUAUCGUGCAUCGUUCUCAUCCGUUAUUUCGCUGUAGUGUACUAGUGUUGUGCUUAUUGGUAGUAAAAAAAACUGUAUUAAAUAUGGCGUUCAAAAUAGAGACUUCAAAUCAGGAUACAACUUUUUGGUAUGAAUUCAUCGAACUUUACCGCAAUCUCCCCAUACUGUGGUCAGACGCACAUGAAAACAAACCAAAACAUCUUCGUGAUCGUGCGCUUAAUAUACUGCUACGAAAAUAUCGAGAAACAGAUGCCGCAGCAGGGGUUAGGGAAAUUAAACAACUUUUAAAAGAUCUUCGCUUAGCUUACCGAACCGAACUGAAGCUAGCUUUGGAGCACACAUAUGCCACUGGCAAUAGUUUGAGCAACUACCGAUCGGCUCUGUGGUACUUUGAAGCGUUAAGUUUUUUGGAAUCGAAAGAACUGCGCACUUUAAAAUUGCAUUCCGGUUUAACUGGAGAUAAUUCUGGCAUCGUAAUAGAUACAUCUUUUAGUACCAUUGAUGAUAGUUUUUCGUGUAUCAAUAAUUAUGAUGAUGAGAUCGUUCUCUAUUGCAAGUCGCUCGUAUCCGCGCUGAAACGUUUACCGCCCCAGCAGUGGAUGUACGCAAAAUAUCACAUCGACAAUGUUGUGAAAUGGGGCCGCAUUGGUAUCCUAACCUAUGACCGGCCGCACAUCGAUGCGGAUGGAUCUAAAAAAUCGUCUGGUGCUGUAAAUGUUGAAAACUCUACCGAGGUGUUGACAACUCAAAACGAUAUUUCAGUUCCCCCGAAACGCCUCAAAGUUGAUCAACACAACAGCGAUGAUGCUAACCAUGCUACCACUUCUUUGGCUUAUGAUAUGUGCAAACACAUAUCAAUGCCGUCUGAAGAGUGUUUAGUUGUGGUAGAUGUGUCAGAAAAUGAUAUCGAACAAUUUAAACUAGCUUCCGUCGACAAUGAAUUCGAUAAUCUAUCUUUCGAAACCAGCUCUCCGACGUAUGCUCGACCUGAUGGGACUUCGGAUUCGGAUAGGAACAUACAUUUGGAAAUCUCCCAUUCGGACUUGGACGAUGGUGCAGAUCCACACGAAACGGCAGAUCCACACGAGACGACAUUGAAAAAUGCGGAACCAGUGCUGGAACUAACUCUUCGCAGACAGUGUACGAUGCACUUUUCACACUACAUACGAAACGUGGUGCCAAAAUACAGUGACGAAGAGUUUUUACGACAAUUUCGAAUUGGACGUAAAGCUGUCCAGAUGAUCUGCAACCAUUUAGAAACAACUUCGGCGUACAAGAAAUUAAAAGGACAUGGCGGGUACGAAGCUAUUAGUCCGCAAACGCACGUGUUAUCGUUUCUGUGGUUUCUUGGGCACGAUAAAACGUCCUAUCGGGAUGUAGCAACUCAGUUUAAUCUAUCCGUAAGCUGUUUGCAUAGUGUUAUCUGCAGAGUAGCGGAUGCUAUUUUGAGUAUGAAACACAUCCUGAUGAUACCACUGUCUGAAGCGAGGAAAACAGCAUCGGACAUUGCGUUUUCCAAGAAAUGUAAUUUUUCUGGCGUAAUUGGAUGCGUUGGUGGAACACAAAUCAAGAUUGAUAAACCGAGAGAAAACCCAGAGAGGUAUCUACUUACAAAGGGGCACUAUUCCAUUCAGCUGCAAGCAAUUAUUGAUGAAAACUUACGUUUCGUUGAUGUUUUCGUGGAAUAUCCCGAUGAGCCGGAACUGCUGGAAACGGUCAAACGCAUAUGUGGCAAUAGGUAUUGCUUGCUUGGCAACGCUUCAUAUCCCUGCAUGAACCAGUUGUUGGUGCCCUACCCCGUCGACGAAGUGUUGCUUACCCAAGCGCAGAAAACUUACAACGACCACCUGCAGACGGUCACUAGUCAAUGUAACCAAAUAUUCGCCCAUCUCAAGACACGUUUCCGCCGGCUGCAUCACCUCAAGGGACGACAUCUGUCUCGGAUGGUGGACUUGAUCAAAGUGUGCUGCAUACUGCACAACCUGGCUUCGGUAGCAGAGUUGAAACAGCUGGAAGGGGAUAUGAACCAACUUCCUCCCGAGCCUAUCUUUACUUACAUCUCCGAAACCCGAGCUCAUGUAGACAUUGUGCAUGGUCAGCAGAAGAGAGAUAAAAUUUGUGCUAAAUAUCUAUAAACCGUUUGUAAAGAAUCGUUAUACUACCACUUCACGGAAUGCUUCCAUGUUCACGUUCAAUUACAGAGAGAAAAUCACAAUUUUAAUUGGUUCUCGGCUGUAUACACGCACAUCAUGCAACGAUGUCUGACCGAUUGUUCGCCAUUGUGAUCAACUGUAGGUAAAAAUUAAGAAAGCAUUAGUUUUGGCGUAGGUUAUAUGUGUUUGUUUAUUUUUUUUAUUUCUUUUAUGCUAGAAUAUUCUAAAAUCCAUUUUUUCUUGAAUAACUUGUUAUUUUUUUAAGCUGAUUCAAAAGGUUGGUCAGUUUACAUAAAGCAUACUUUCAGGCGUUUUGUAAUACUGACGA